AUGGAGAACGCGUUCGCUAAUGCCUCUGCGAUUAGCGACCAGAGGCAAAAAAUCGAGCAAUACAAGCUCAUUCUCUCUACAGUUCUUGCUGCCAACGACAUCCAGCAGGCCAAGAGAUUCAUCGAUCACAUGCUGUCGGACGAUGUACCUCUUGUUGUUUCGAGGCAACUUUUGCAAAUGUUCGCUCAAGAAUUGGGGAAUUUGGAGGCGGAGGCGCAGAAGGAGAUUGCGCACUACACACUGAAUCAAAUCCAACCUCGCGUUGUGUCGUUUGAGGAACAAGUCCUUAUAAUCAGAGAGAAGCUUGCGGAAUUAUACGAGUCUGAGCAAUUAUGGUCAAAAGCUGCCCAGAUGCUUAGUGGCAUUGAUCUGGAUUCUGGAAUGAGAGUGAUUGAUGAUACGUUCAGGCUAUCAAAAUGUGUUCAAAUUGCUCGUCUCUACCUUGAGGAUGAUGAUGCUGUGAAUGCUGAAGCUUUUAUUAACAAAGCUUCAUUUUUAGUUAGCAACAGUAAACAUGAAGUAUUAAACUUGCAGUACAAGGUUUGUUAUGCUAGGAUUCUAGAUUUGAAGAGGAAAUUUCUGGAAGCUGCAAUACGCUAUUAUGAUAUUUCUCAAAUUGAGAAGCGGCAAAUUGGGGAUGAAGAGAUUGAUGAAGAAGGAUUGGAGCAAGCUUUAUCUGCUGCUAUAACAUGCACAAUUCUGGCUGCCGCAGGUCCUCAGCGUUCACGUGUUCUUGCCACAUUAUAUAAGGAUGAACGGUGCUCUAAAUUGAAAAUAUAUCCGAUCUUACAAAAGGUUUAUCUGGAGAGGAUUUUGAGGAAACCAGAAAUAGAUGCAUUUGCCGAAGAGCUCAAGCCACAUCAGAAAGCUCUGCUGCCUGACAAUUUUACUGUUCUGGAUCGUGCUAUGAUUGAGCACAAUCUUUUGAGUGCUAGUAAACUCUACACAAACAUAAGCUUCGAUGAGUUGGGGACCUUGCUAGGCAUUGCUCCUCACAAGGCUGAGAAGAUAGCAUCAAAGAUGAUUUAUGAAGAUAGGAUGAGGGGCUCUAUUGACCAGGUGGAAGCUGUGAUACAUUUUGAGGACGAUUCCGAAGAACUACAACAGUGGGAUCAACAGAUUGUUGGGCUUUGUCAGGCCCUCAAUGACGUUCUUGAUAGCAUGGCGAAGAAGGGGAUACCCAUUCCUGUCUAA